AUGAGGGUUUUCUGGAUUUUCUUAACGAUUGGAAUGACAGCGGGAGAUGAUCGAUCCCUUCCACGCCGUCAGGGAUUUGCAGCGAACAAUGAGGUUGUGAUUAAAGGCCACUCAACGUAUCAUUUACCAUGCAAUGUGGAAGUCACAUUCCUGUACUAUAACAGUUUUGACCAAUCUACGAGGAAAGGCGUAAAAAUAACGGUCAGACGGGAGAAACCUAACUUGAACACUGUCUUGAUGUCACCUUGUAAUCUUUUAAAUUUUAGAAUUAACUGUUUUCAAAAACAUUGAUCCCUUCGAUUUCAGUUAAUAUGCCGAAAGAGUAUGUUGAGAAGAGCGUUCCGACAAAUUAUUCGAUUUUACCGAACACUGAUUUUGAUCUGCGGAUUAUGUUUUCUGGAGAGAAAAAAAUCGACGUCAUUCUGGUUAACGUCACUGGCGCUGGCGAACGAAGAAAUCUUGCUUCGUUCGACCUCAAUUAUUCUUUCCUUAAUAUGUGGACUAUCUCUGGAGAUAUUGCAAGAUUGGAGGAUGUCGUCAUUACGGAGAAGUAUCAGAUGCCUUACACCAACACCCUUCAUUGGGGUAUUGGUAAGUUGGGUUGACUGGGAGUUUUCUCGCAAAAGAAGACACACAAUAUUGUAUCAACUUUCAAAGAUUUCAGCCUGUUUAGGGUUACACUACCGCUUAGAAUUUUUUUGAGACGCGCGGUGCUAAGCUCGCACAUGAACUCACCGUUUUCAGGAAAGUCAUUGAAAAUCGUAGGCCAACUGAGCAACGAAACGAUGGUCUUCAACAUUCUCAAUGACAAGGACCAUAUCCCACUGACAGUGCGCCUCAAUCCCAAGUUUAAACGUAUCGGCAUUACUAAUUUCGCCAAUGGCUCUUGGCGUCCCGAACACGCCUGCGGGCUGAAGACCAUCGUUGGCAAUCAUCCGUUUGAGCUGAAGAUCAAGUGGUACAACGAAAAACAGUUGGGACUUGGCGUCAACGGCCUGGACUGUGCGUUCAAAUUUAACCAUCUGGUAAAUAACCCAGCUGCCGAAUACAAGAAAAUUAAUAUCCGCAGCACUGGUGGCUAUAUCACUAACAUUUCGGCCGAAAAUAUUUAA